GUCAUGGAGUUGAACAGGACACAGCUGACUGGGUUUGUUCUCAGAGGAAUAACAGAUCGUCCAGAGCUGCAGGUCCCCCUGUUCCUGGUGUUCUUCUUCAUCUAUGUCAUCACCAUGGUGGGCAACCUUGGUUUAAUCUUUCUCAUCUGGAAGGACCCCCAUUUUCACACUCCCAUGUACCUUUUCCUUGGAAAUUUAGCCUUUGCUGAUGCCUGUGCUUCAUCCUCUAUGACGCCAAAUAUGCUUAUGAAAUUUUAAAAUAAGAAUGACAUGAUAUCCCUGGGUGAGUGUUUUGCCCAGUUUUAUUUCUUUUGUUUCAGUGCAACCACGGAAUGUUAUCCCUUGGUAGCGAUGGCCUAUGACCGCUAUGUGGCCAUAUGCAAUCCUCUGCUCUACCUAGUGGUGAUGUCCAAAAGUCUCUGUGUUCAGUUCAUAAGUGUGCCAUAUCUAAGUGGAUUUCUACACGCCUUACUUCAUGUAGGAUUGUUACUCCGGUUAACCUUUUGUAGUUCCAAUAUAAUAGACCAUUUCUACUGUGAGAUCUUGCCGCUCUAUACAAUUUCUUGCACUGACCCAUCUAUUAAUGCAUUGGUUGCUUUCAUUUUUGCUAUUUUCAUACAAGUGAGUACUUUUAUUAGUAUCAUGGUCUCUUAUGCCCGUGUCCUCUUUGCCAUCCUGAGAACAAAGUCUGAGAGGGGCAGAAACAAAGCCUUCUCUACUUUCAGUGCACACCUGUUGUCUGCCUCUCUGUUCUAUGGCACCCUAUUCAUCAUAUACGUGCUUUCUGGAUCUGACACAGACAAGUAUCAGGGUAAAAUGUAUUCACUGUUCUACACCAUUAUCAUUCCUCGGCUAAACCCCUUCAUUUACAGCCUAAGAAACAGAGAAGUUUUAGUCGCCUUGGGAAAACUCACAAAAUGA